UCUUCCCCUUUUUUGUCUCAUUUUCUGUCUCCGAUCCAUGGAAGGCGUUCGAGACUCGUCACAAACUCUUGCUUCCACGACGACGUCAUCUUCGUCUCCCUCCUGCGAUGUAAACGUUGAGAAUAGUGGAAAACAAUUAACUCCUCUCUCAACAAGAAGAUCUCGAGCUGGCUUCUCUGAUUCUUUCUCUUCUCAUGAUUUACCAUCAUUCUGCCCAGAUGAAGAUAAAAUAACAACAUCCUGCCCCAACAAAUCUGAAUCUGAAUCAGACGAUGACUUUCUAAGGAGCAUAGAAUCCGAAGCAUCAUCUUCCGUAGUGAGCACGUCAGACUCAUCAUCAUCAGAAGCUCAUCAUCAUCAUCCCCACCACCACCACCACCAUCACCAUCAUCAUCAUUCAUCUGUUGGUCCCAACAACGGUCACUGGAAAGGUUUCUUCCGUUUACUCAAGAAAGGAUCAUCCGCGAUGCCAUUCAACACGUUCACACCUCUCAAAGGAGUCCCGAAACUGACCAGACGUAAGAGCAAACGCAUAAGAGAUAACAUGGUCCCUGUUCUACCUUCUGCUGCUCUUGACACUGGUGACUUGUUCUACUUCAAACCCUCCUGGAGAAACUUCUCUCUCCAAGAUAUUCAAACCGCUACAAAUGGAUUCAGCCGUGAGAAUCUUAUCGGAGAAGGAGGAUAUGCGGAAGUGUAUAAGGGACAGAUGCUAGAUGGGCAAAUAGUGGCGAUAAAGAAAUUGACUAGAGGUUCUGCCGAGGAGAUGACGAUGGAUUAUCUGUCGGAACUAGGAAUCAUAGUUCAUGUAGAUCAUCCAAACAUUGCUAAGCUUAUUGGAUAUUGUGUUGAAGGAGGAAUGCAUCUUGUUCUUGAGCUAUCUCCUAAUGGAAGCCUCGCUUCUUUGCUCUACGAGGCGAAGGAGAAAUUGAAUUGGAGCAUAAGAUACAAAGUGGCGAUGGGAACAGCAGAGGGACUGUACUAUCUCCACGAAGGUUGUCAGAGAAGGAUCAUUCAUAAAGACAUUAAAGCUUCUAACAUCCUUCUCACUGAGAACUUUGAGGCUCAGAUAUCUGAUUUCGGGCUAGCAAAAUGGCUACCGGACCAAUGGACUCACCAUACUGUCUCGAAAGUCGAAGGAACAUUCGGUUACCUUCCGCCGGAGUUCUUCAUGCAUGGGAUAGUAGACGAGAAAACGGACGUAUAUGCUUAUGGUGUCCUGCUUCUAGAGCUCAUCACCGGUAAACAAGCCCUCGACAGCUCACAACAUAGCCUUGUCAUGUGGGCCAAGCCAUUGAUCAAAGAGAGCAAGAUCAAACAACUUGUUGAUCCGAUUUUGGGAGAUGACUACGACUUAGAAGAGUUGGACCGUCUUGUCUUCAUAGCGUCCUUGUGUAUACACCAAACCUCCAUGAACCGGCCUCACAUGAGCCAGGUUGUGGAGAUUCUGAGGGGAGACAAGUGUAGCUUAGAUCAGCUACGAGAACAAGAAAACUCCAAACUGCAGAGGACUUACUCCGAAGAACUAAUGGAUAACGAAGAAUACAACUCGACAAGAUAUUUGAACGACAUUCAUCGACACAUGGAGACCGUUCUUGGAACAUCUAACGACCCCUGAAACAUCCUACUUGCUAAUUAACGCAAUAGAAGGAUUUCAC